AUGGGUAAAACACAACCCAACCUCUUCGCUUUCCGCGACACGAACGCUCUUGCCCCGGCAUUGCGCUCGUACGUUAUUCAGAGUCAGGCUGCCGGUAUUGCUCGACACGGUGCUUUCAAGGUUGGUGUCUCUGGUGGUUCGCUGCCCAAGACACUCGCCCAGGCCCUCUUGGCCCCCUCUUCCGGUCCCAACGAUGUCGUCGAUUUCGCACGCUGGGAAAUCUUUUUUGCUGACGAGCGUGCCGUACCUCUCGACCACGAAGACUCCAACUAUGCUCUUCUGAAGAAGGAGCUUUUGGACAAGCUCCCCGAGGAUCAGAAGCCUACCGUUCACCCCAUCAACACUGAGUACCUGAACGACACCCAGGAACUUGCCGACCAGUACGAGCAGACCCUUGUUGCUAGCUUCGCCAGCCGCGAUUCUGUUCGUCUGCCCAUCUUCGACCUCCUCCUCCUCGGAUGCGGACCCGACGGACAUACCUGCUCUCUCUUCCCUGGCCACGAGCUGCUCCGCGAGGUCAACGCCUGGGUCGCUCCUAUCGAGGAUUCCCCCAAGCCUCCCCCCAAGCGCAUCACUCUCACCCUCCCCGUGGUUAACCACGCCGUCCGCGUUGCAUUUGUCGCCACUGGAGGCGGCAAGAAGGACAUCAUGAAGCAAAUCUUCGAUAUCGAAGGUGGUCUGCCCUGUACCCUUGUCAACGAGGGCACUGGCGAGCGCUGCAGCUGGUUUGUUGACGAGCCCGCCGUCGAGGGCGUCAGCUUCCCUCGAAGGGCUUUCCUAUGA